AUGGCAUCAAAGAACGGACAGAUCCUCUACCUCGGCGGAUCCUCAAGCAACGCAGGCGGAUCCCUCAGCACCAGAUUCCAGAAACUGGCACAGUCCCGUAGCAGCGGUAUCACAGUCGUCAACCCCUCCUCAGGAAUCGAGACGCGUCAAGGGCGGAGUCUGGGACUAGGAUUCGACACCGGAUCGCAUCCCCAUGGACCCGGCAACCAUCGUAUCAGCACAGCAGCAGCAAGAGGAUCAUUAUCAACGGGACGCGGCGCAGGGAGCAAUAGCAGAGGAGGAAGAAGAGGAGGAGGAGGAUCGGGAUUGGUACCGGGAGGACUUCACACCGCAGGCGGGCUAGCAAGAGCAAUGCAGGAACGUGGAACGGGUGUUUCGGAUGCGUUCUUGUUAAACCCUGCGGCUAGCAUUGGAAGAGGAGGAGGACCUGUCGGAUCACGGAGGGGUCGGAGACAGACUACUGCUGCUGGAGCUGAAGGAGUUGUGAUUGGUGGAACGCGUGCGAAUCGGCAUAAGGCUUUGGUGUUGGGUGGUCGGCCGAGCAGGAGGCAACAACCUGGUGCGGCAGCAGUAUUACCUACGACACAACAGCAGAGACAGAGGGGUGGUCCAGCACAAGCAAGAGGAGGAGCAGCAGCAGCAACAAGAGGAGGCAGGUCAAAUGCGGCCAAGGCAGCCAAGACAGCAGCUAAGGCUGUAGGAGGAAAUGCACAAGCAGCAGGAGCAGGAAAGGAGAAGAAGGGAAAGAAGGGCGGCAAGGCAAAACCGGCGCCGGCCAAUGCUGGCGAUCUGGAUUCGCAAUUGGACGCUUACAUGAUGAAGGACAACAAGACUGCAGCAAGUGUGCUUGAUAAUGAUCUGGAUAGUUAUAUGGCCGACAAAGCUACCGAGAACUCUUGGUAG